AUGGGCCUGGAGCUCUACCUGGACCUGCUGUCUGCAUCGUGCCGCGCUGUCUACAUCUUCGCCAGGAAGAACAGCAUCCCUUUCGACUUCCAGUUUGUGGAUCUGCUGAAAGGUCACCACCACAGCAAGGAGUACAUCGAGAUCAACCCCCUGAGGAAGCUGCCCAGUCUCAAAGAUGGAAAAUUUGUCUUAUCUGAAAGUGUGGCCAUCCUUUUCUACCUGUGCCGCAAGUACAGUGCGCCCUCGCACUGGUACCCGCCAGACCUGCACACGCGCGCCCGCGUGGACGAGUUCAUGGCCUGGCAGCACACAGCCCUUCAGCUGCCCAUGAACAAGAUACUCUGGAUCAAGCUGCUGAUCCCGAUGAUCACGGGUGAGGAAGUUCCAGCUGAGAAGACAGAGCAGGUGCUGGCAGAGGUGACUAACAACCUGAAGCUCUUCGAGGAAAAGUUUCUGCAGGAGAAGAUGUUCAUCACCGGGGACAACAUCUCCCUGGCCGACUUGGUAGCCCUGGUGGAGAUGAUGCAGCCCAUGGCGGGCAACCAUAACGUCUUCCUCAACAGCUCCAAGCUGGCCGAGUGGCGCAUGAGGGUGGAGCUGGCCAUCGGCUCCGACCUCUUCUGGGAGGCCCACGAUCGGCUGGUGAAGUUGGCGGAAUGGGACUGCUCCACUCUAGAUCCGAUGGUCAAGGAGAGGAUCUGCGAUUUGCUGCAGAAGUUCACGUAGUAGCAGCCCAGCCUGCGGGCCUGGCCAGCUCAGCCCCCGGCGCCUCCUACCUUAGGGGAGACGCUGAAAAUCACUGUUUUUCA